ACCACCAAAGCAUCAAACUUUCUUUGAUUUCCCCUUUUAAACCAACAAAAAAAGAGUAAAGUCUCAAGAACAAAUCAAGAGAGAUGAAGAACGAAUCUACCAUCAUUGAUGUCCCUGCAGAAUCCAGCUCAGCCAUGAAAGGCAAAGCUCCUCUAAUUGGUGUGUCUAGAGACCACGCUACUACUGGGUCAGGUGGAUACAAGAGAGGCAUCUCAAUCUUCGACUUCCUCCUACGUUUAGCUGCCAUUAUUGCAGCAUCAGUGGCCGCUGCAACGAUGUUUACAAGCGACGAGACCCUUCCCUUCUUUACACAGUUCUUACAGUUCCAAGCUGGCUACGACGAUCUACCAUCUUUCCAGUUCUUCGUGAUUGCCAUGUCCAUGAUUGUAGGUUAUCUCGUCCUAUCUCUUCCUAUCUCCGUUGUCACCAUCGUUCGCCCUCUCGCCGCCGCCCCAAGACUCCUCUUACUUGUUCUUGACACUGCGGUUCUGGCGUUUAACACGGCGGCAGGAUCAUCGGCGGCAGCGAUAGUGUAUCUAGCACACAAUGGAAACCAGAACACGAACUGGCUCCCUAUUUGCCAACAGUUUGGUGACUUCUGUCAGAAAACCAGCGGAGCUGUCGUCUCUUCCUUUAUCACGGUCGUCUUCUUCACCAUCCUCGUUGUCCUCUCUGGUGUCGCUCUCAAGAGGCCUUAA